AUGAUGACUGGAAACGACACGACGCAUCACAACAACGGCGGAGGAUUCGAUUUACUGCGCAGGGCGACGCAACAGAUGAUGUCCAAAACUGCCGCCGAAGACGAUGGCAUCGACCAAAUAGGCUCAGAGACCCCACGAUCCGGUAUUGCGACGCCUCAGCCCGACCCUCACGACAAGCGCCUUCCCGGGAUCAUGAGCUACUUCGGCCAGAGCGGUACCUCUACCCCGACUAGAGCUCUCUCGACUGCCCGACCCUCGCAGUCGGACAGCAAAGACUUACUUUCUCGCACCAGCAACGAUGGUGCCGAGGCCAGUGGAACUCAGACCCCGCGCUCGACUGGCGCUCAGGUCCCCGCCGCUCGUGGCAAACUGACGGUCAAAAUCUCCGAGGCUCGUGGCCUGCGCAAAUGCAACGACCCGUAUGUCGUUGCGGUCUUCCAGCGCUCCGAGCUGAUAUCAGGCGGUCCACGGCCCGUCGAUGACGAAGAACCACUCAAUAUCGCCCAGGCCGCUAUUGGUGGUAUCCCUAUUCAGCGAUCAGGAAGCGAUUCCGGCCGCCCCAUGGCCAUUCCCAUGCGCAGCCGCCAAAGUAGCAAUACCAGCAUUACCGAUUACAACACAUUUCGAAACCGCAACGGCCGCAAUGGCUCUCUCACAAACCCCAAAUGGGAUGCUGAGGCCGUAUUUGACGUCGUCGAUUCCGGUUCCUUAGUAGAUGUGUCCGUAUACGACCACAGCGCCAACGGUGAGGAAUUUCUCGGCCAUGUCAACUUUGAAGCCCCCAGGGAAAAGGAGACAGCGGUCCGCGGCUGGUUCCCCCUCAAGGGUCACGUCAACACCGUUGCCGAGAAUGCGCCCACUGGUGAGGUGUUUGUCGAAGCCCUCUUUCAGCGCACCGAGAAGAAACACUACGGACCUACCGAUUUCGAGAUCUUGAAGCUCAUCGGCAAGGGAACAUUCGGACAAGUGUACCAGGUUCGCAAGAGGGAUACGCAGCGUAUCUACGCCAUGAAGGUGCUACAGAAAAAGGUCAUUGUGCAGAAGAAGGAGGUUGCCCACACCGUCGGCGAACGCAACAUUCUUGUCCGCACCGCCACCUCCGACUCGCCCUUUAUCGUCGGCCUCAAGUUCUCUUUCCAAACUCCCUCCGAACUAUAUUUAGUCACCGACUACAUGUCUGGUGGUGAACUCUUCUGGCACUUGCAAAAGGAAGGCCGCUUCGACGAGAGACGCGCCAAGUUUUACAUCGCCGAGCUGAUCCUCGCCAUUCAACAUCUUCACAACAACGACAUUGUCUACCGCGACCUCAAACCCGAAAACAUUCUUCUCGAUGCCAACGGUCACAUUGCGCUCUGUGACUUUGGUCUCUCCAAGGCCAAUCUAACAAAGAAUGACACUACGAAUACGUUUUGCGGCACCACCGAGUAUCUCGCCCCCGAAGUUCUGCUGGAUGAGUCAGGCUACACCAAGAUGGUCGACUUUUGGUCGCUUGGUGUCUUGGUCUUUGAGAUGUGCUGUGGCUGGAGUCCAUUUUACGCCGAGGACACCCAGCAAAUGUACAAGAACAUCGCCUUUGGCAAGGUUCGCUUCCCGCGCGACACACUAUCGCAAGAAGGCCGCAACUUUGUCAAGGGUCUGCUCAACAGAAAUCCCAAGCACCGACUAGGCGCUACCGAUGACGCUGAGGAAUUGAAGCAGCACGCCUUCUUCAAGGACAUUGACUGGACCCUGCUGACUCAAAAGCGCAUCGCCCCUCCCUUCAAGCCCAAGCUCAAGUCUGAAACCGACGUGUCCUAUUUUGACCCCGAGUUCACCACGGCUUUGGACCAGAACGGAUCACUCAACGAGCGCGCCGCUGCCCUCGCCCGAGGUUACGCCGCCUCGACGCCGCUGUCGCCCUCGGUGCAGGCCAACUUCCAGGGCUUCACCUUUGUCGACGAGAGCGCGCUGGACGACCACAUGCGCGAUCGCGCGCGCACCGACGACGAGGACAUGGAUGACGCUGGCCACCACACUAACGGCAACGAUGAUGACUGGGAUAAUUUGGACGAUUUUGAUGUGAAGAAGGGUAACAGAAUGAGCGGCAUUGUGCGCACUUCAACCCACGACGAGCAAAUGGUGGGAGGAGGGCACUUUGAUGAUUAA